GGACCAUGGGAGGCAAAGCCAGGACACCUACCCUCACUGUCCUUCUCUGCCUUGGGCUGUGUUGGAGCCCAUGGAACCAGGUACAGACAGUAGCACCCCCCAAACCCUCCAUUUGGGCUGACCCAGGACCCAUGCUCACCAGGGAAAGCCCAGUGACCAUCUGGUGUCAGGGGUCUCUGCAGGCUGAUGUCUACCAUCUGUAUAAAGGUGGAGUCUCUAAACCCUUGGUUACAGAGACCCCACAGGACUCCAGCAACAAGGCCAGAUUCUCCAUUGAAUCUAUGAGCUCACAGACUGCAGGGCUGUAUCAGUGUGCAUACAACACCAGCAGGAAUGGCUGGUCAGAGCGCAGUGACCCCCUGCCCCUGGUGGUGACAGAUAAGGGGGAGGAGCUGGGAGUGUACAGUGCACCCUCCCUCUCAGCCCACCCAGGCCCUGUGGUGGCAAAAGGAGGGAACAUGUUCUUAACCUGUAGCUCAGAGUCCACACUGGGCAUUUUCCAUCUGCUGAAGGAGGGAGCAGUGGACCUGCCACAACACAUGGAAUCAAGGACCUAUCGUGGGAGGUGGCAGGCCCUCUUCCCUGUGGGCCCCGUGAACACCUCCCAUGGAGGAACUUACAAAUGCUAUGGUUCCUCCAAAGCCUACCCCUAUGUGUGGUCACUCCCCAGCAAUCUUCUACAUCUUGAGGUCACAGGUGUGUACAGGGAGCCCUCCCUCUCAGCCCAGCCUGGCUCGCUGGUGCUCUCUGGAGACAACCUGACCCUCCAGUGUCACUCAGAGGCCGGCUUUGAUAGUUUCGCUCUGACCAAGGAUGAGGGGCUCACACCCCCCCAGCAUCUUUGCGGGCAGCACAGCCCCAGCUUCCCCCUGGGCCAUGUGAACCACACCCAUGGGGGCCAGUACAGAUGCUACAGUGGAUACAACCUCUCCUAUGUGUGGUCGGCCCCCAGUGCACCCCUGGACAUCAUGAUCACAGGAAUGUAUGAGAAGCCCUCCCUCUCCACCCAGCCGGGGCCCUCAGUGUCCUGGGGAGAGAAGGUGACCCUGCAGUGUCGCUCUGAGAUCUGGUUGGAUACUUUUCAUCUGUCCAAGGAAGGGUCACUUGCUCCUCAUCAGCACCUUCAUCUGGAGGACACCAAUGAACCCUUUCAGGCCAACUUCACCAUCAACCCUGUGACCUCAGACCAUGAGGGGACCUACAGGUGCUACGGUUCAGACAGCACCUCCCCCUACCUGUUGUCACUCCCCAGUGACCCCCUGGAGCUCCUAGUAUCAGCCUCACAUCCCCAAGAUUACACAGUGGAGAACCUCAUCCGGAUGGGCAUGGCUGGUUUGGUCCUGGUUGUCCUUGGGAUUCUUCUAUUUCAAGCUUGUCACAGACCAUGAAGACCCUAAGAUGCAGCCAGGAGAGAACAAUGCAUUGUUCAGAUUGGUAGAGCCUUGGAAAUAAAUUUUUUGUUCCCAGUAGUUUCUGGAAGGGCAUCUGGGGCAUAUGCUGAGUGAACUGUCUGCAGGUCAUUGCGAGGUGGAGGAAUCAUUGUUCCUGUGCAGGGACAAUGUCUAGACUCUUCUUCCAUUAAAUUGUGGAACUUUUCUUCCUGACCA